AUGUCCUUGAACGUCACCGACCCUGCCAUUGCCGAAGCCUAUGAGGAUGUUCGAGAUGACAAGUCUUCCACCAACUGGGCCUUUUUCGAUUUCGCCGAUGGUAAGCCCGAUCGCCUCAAAGUCGCUGGUACAGGCUCUGGAGGUUUAUCCGAGUUUGUUGAACAACUCAAGCCCGAGCUUGCUGGUUGGGGAUAUGUUCGCAUGAACAUGAGCAACGACGAAUAUUCCCAACGUGUAAAGUUUGUCCUUGUGCCUUGGUGUGGCGACUCGGUGGGUGUGAUGCGCAAGGCCAAGCUUAGUAUCCAAAUCGCAGAUGUCAAGAACAUCCUACGCAACUUCCAUAUCGAAGUCCCCGCUUCAAGCACGCAUGAUUUGGAAGAGAACGAUAUUAUGACUAGACUUCGUCGUGCUGGAGGUGCGAAUUAUGAUAGACAGCUUUCCUCUUAUUAG